GCCUGGCCAAUUGUCUCAAUUUGUCAUUAAUAUUCACUAUGUGAAUGUUUUGCUCUAAUUAUAUUGGUUUUCUUAAGUUUUAAAUUUAGAAAACUGAUUUAAUUGAAACCACUUGAUUAUUUGCCCAUUGAGCUGGGUUUACACCAGUGGUUCCCAAUUUUAUUUAUUUAUUUAUUUAUUUUUUAAGAACCCACCGCCACCUUGGAGAUGAAAUUGUUUACCCUACUGAUGUUAUUACAAUAUUGAUUAUAAUAGACACCUAGAUUAAUCUUAAAUCUGACCAUGUAAUUGAAGGGUGGUUGUAGCUUUAGAUGUUUUGAUUCUUCAUGCAAGAUUGUCCAAAUAAACUUGGGAUGUGAUAUUGUGAUACUCCUCUGUCAAAUGUGCCAAACAAAGCAACAUUGUGCUUUCAAAAUAAUUUCGAAUUUCACCUAAAAUAGUCAUUUGUUCCAAAGAUUGAUAGAUAAUCCAAAAUACAAAUGUUUGGCUUUGCAGAGGACCGGUGUGCUGACUUUCAGCCUUUUUUCCAAAGUUGAGUGGGCGGAUACCAAUAUCUAACUAUGUAGCAGACACCUAAAUUUUUUUAUUGUAUUUAUUUUUUAUUUUUUUUGCUUAUUGCCUUUUAUUGGCUAUUUUGAUAGGCAUAAAACUGGGAGAAAUUUUAUUUUGAUGGUUUUUAAGGUUAACCCAUUCAUGGGCAGGGUGGCAAUUUUUUUGCCUUGAGAUAAAAGUCUCCUACCAGGCCACAAUCAAGGAAAUAACACUUUUUUGUUUAUGGUUAAGUUAUAUGAUAACUACUCAUUUAUAAUCUCGUCCCAAAAAUGGGAUGCUGCCUACAAAUGGGUUAAAGAACACGGGGACAGUUAUAUUGAGAUGCAUAAUAAACCACUCCGUCUUUCUGGUUUUACUUUAUAUAGUAGUCAGCUCACCUAUGCAGUUGGUGUGUCAGAAGAAUUUCAGGUGGAGGUUGGACUGCAUCAGAGUUCCGCGCUCAGCCCCUUCCUAUUUGAGGUAGUAAUGGAUAGGCUGACGGACGAGGUUAGACUGGAUUCCCCUUGGACCAUGAUGUUUGCAGAUGAUAUAUUGAUCUGCAUUGAAAGCAGGGAGCGGGCAGAGGAACAAUUAGAAAGAUGGAGACAUGCACCGGAAAGGAGAAAAAUGAAGAUUAGCCGAAGUAAAGCAGAAUAUAUGUGCGUGAAUGAGAGCGUCGGAGGAGGACGAGUGAAGCUCCAGGGAGAAGAGAUGGUGAGGCUGGAUGACUUCAAAUACUUGGGGUCAACAAUACAGAGCAAUGGAUAGUGUGCUAAGGAAGUGAAGGAACGGGUCCAAGCGGGGGUGGAGCAGUUGGCGGAAGGUGUCUGGUGUUUUAUGUGACAGAAGAGUCUCCGCGAGGAUGAAGGGCAAAGUUUAUAAAACAGUGGUGAGGGCGGCCACAAUGUACGGAUUAGAGAUUGUGGCACUGAAGAAACAACAGGAAGCAGAACUGGAGGUGGCAGAAAUGAAGAUCUUGAGGUUCUCGCUCGGAGUGAGCAGGUUGGAUAGGAUUAGAAAUGAGCUCAUAAGAGGGACAGCCAAAGUUGGAUGUUUUAGAGACGAGGUUCGAGAGAGCAGACUUCGAUGGUUUGGACAUGUUCAGAGGCGAGAAAGUGAGUAUAUUGGUAGAAGGGCGCUGAGGAUGGAGCUGCCAGGCAAAAGAGCGAGAGGAAGACCAUAGAAAAGGUUGAUGGAUGUCGUGAGGGAAGACAUGAGGGCGGUUGGUGUUAAGAGAGGAGGAUGCAAGAGAUAGGCUUAGAAGCAAAAAGAUGACACGCUGUGGCGACCCUUAACAGGACAAGCCGAAAGGAAAAAGAAGUGGUCAGCUCACCUCACAGAGAUAUGUUGUAGAAAAUGGGAGCAAUGUCAAAAUAGCUUUGUUUGACAGAAUGGGGUACGCCUUGGCAGUAGCCAACCAAAAACUGUCUGAAGGUAUUAUCAGCAGAGCUUUGCUCAUAACUACGAUCUGGUCUCAGUUCAGUGAGUUCCGCCUCUUCCUGUAAAGUCCACCAACCGAUGCGGAACAGCCUGGGUCACUCAAUCAGUCAAGUUUCCCAUCGCUCGGUGAAUAUGAAGAACAACAGCCCUAAUUGUUGGUUCCCCGGUGAGAGUAAAUCCAAAUGAAAGACGGCUUUCGCCAUAUUGCCUCUUGCCGGAGACUUUCCGUGAGCAAAACUGUCUUUGGUUUCUUUUAUCCUCCACCCAGACCUGGGUGUUCAUCAGAGUGAGAAUUUUGUCCAGAGUCCAAUUCUGAGUUGUAUUUCCAUUUCAGAAACCUCUCCGUCACAGUGACCGUACGGCUUGUCCUUGCAACAAUGCGACUGUCCCCCACCACCUGACUCAUCACUAAUCAAAAGUACUGUAAUUGGCUACCUGUUGCCAUCUCCUGAAAUCGAUGCGUAUUGCAUGUUUACUCUGCCCAUCAUCGGACAGCACAUUAUCUGCGGAUUCAUUUUUGCCAAUUAGGUGAAAUUGGAUGAUUUUCCACAGUACACCGCAGCGCAGGAGUGGUUGAAAAAUACUGACAAGACUCAGACUGCUGUGGCCCUUAAUUGGCAAAACACGGGAAAUUUCCAGGUUAUCUGUCUUCUCUAUGUAGUAAUACAGUUGGAAAAUAAAAUUACAAUUUCAAAAAAGUACCUCAUUGGUCCCAGAGCCAGGGAGCAUGAGACUGAUGUCAGUUUAUCACAGACUUCCUGGACAUAUGAACGGCACCAAAAAGCCAAGCUUCUCUGUGCCAGAUGAACGCUCAUCGCGAAUAAUGUCGAGUUCGAGUCCCCGUGCUGAACUUUCUCGAAAUGGUUAUGACUUUAAUUUUCUCCAAUACUGUGCUGCAGGUUGAUGGAGCCAUCUGUCAUCUAUUUGGGCAUGAAGGAGAGACGCCUCCCGCAGCCUUUUGUAGCGCGCUGCAAAUUAGUGCUGGUCGGAGAUGUCCAAUGCGGUAAAACGGCCAUGCUUCAAGUCCUGGCCAAGGACUGCUACCCGGAGACGUACGUCCCGACUGUGUUUGAGAACUACACCGCCUCCAUGGAGCUUGACGGCCAGCGUGUUGAGCUCAGUCUUUGGGACACAUCAGGUUCUCCGUACUACAACAACGUGAGGCCCCUCUGCUACAGUGACUCCGAUGCAGUGCUCUUGUGCUUUGACAUCAGCAGACCAGACACGGUAGACGGAGCUCUUAAGAAGUGGAAAGCGGAGAUCCAGGACUUCUGCCCCUGCACGCGGAUCUUGCUCAUCGGCUGCAAGACGGACCUGCGCACGGAUGUGUGCACGCGCAUGGAGCUGUCCAACCAGAAACAGACGCCCAUCUCCAACGAACAGGGCUGCUCCUGGGCCAAGCAGCUCGGCGCCGAGGCCUACCUGGAGUGCUCGGCCUUCACGUCGGAGAAGAGCAUUCACAGUGUUUUCCGCGCGGCGGCCAUGGCCUGCAUGAACAAACUCCCGCCGACCGACAAGCCCAGCCCGGUCCGCCGCCUCUCCAAGCGACUCCUACACCUGCCCAGCAAGACGGACCUCAUCUCCUCCACUUUCAGCAAGGAGAAGUCCAAGAGCUGCACCAUCAUGUGAACGCGGCGGUAGAUGCGGACGAGGGACAAGCGCGCCGCUGUCGGUUCAGCACGGUGAUGCGGAUUUCUAAUAGACUAGAUAGACACCCCACCCCACCCCACCCCACCCCCUAUAAUUUGUCCCUAUUCUGUACCCGGCAUCCAUUUGCCGCCGAGAGAGAUCAACAAGUCCCGCCUCCUCGCGAGGUCGCCGUCCGGGGGCGGCCGUCCAAGAUCUCAAGUGGAUUGGGCGAACGCCGCAGUGAAGCGCAUUCCCUUAAUCAUCGCCCGUUUGAAAUUCGGAUCGCGGCGCCGUAGCGAUCCGUCCGUCCGAGAGCCGUCGACGUCAACUCGUCGGACACCUCGUUAGGUACACCUGCACAAUCUAGUAUGUAGCAAAAACAAAAAAAAAAAUAAAAAUAAAUAAACGAGAGAAAUGCCCGAUGAGCUACCUGAGUUCUCUCCUUGCAUGCCUGCAUGCGUGUGAUCUGGUUCUGUGUGGUGUGCGGCACAAAACUGUGUAUAAUUUCUCCUCGGUGCAGUUUCUUUUUCAAUCACUUAUAUAUAUUCUAUAGUUUACUCAGAUACUAAUAAACCCACAGGAUAUCUUGCAAAAUAGACGAAGUCAUUCAACAUAAGUUCAUGUUGAAAGACAUCAUUUUUUUUUAUUUUUUUGUUAACGCGGCUCACGUUGUGCAGGUGUAACUACUAUGUUAUUACUCCUUCUUUACCCCCCGGAAAUGGUCCCGAUGUUGUCGUUGAUUACAUCUACGCCGACUCGCGUGAACGGCACCCAUUGGGUGAAAUCGCCGUAAAACCGCCUCGAAAGAUUGAUUUGUUCUUCAUUUGGAUGGAAGCUGACGACGGGGAAAGAAAGCGAUGGGGGGGGGGGGAACUCGAGGGACGGGAUGUGACUCGGCACUCACGUGCGCCUUACGGGGAAGAAGCAGCGGCGUUAGCCAUCAGCCUCGAUUUGAAGCGCCAUCACCUCGAGACGCCCGCCGUCCGUCGCCCAGCGACAUUCAUAAAACAUUCCUUUAUAUAUCAUAGAUUACUGUCAUGUGAUCAUAAAGAAAAUGAAGGGGAAUUCCAAGUUCUCUUGAGCAAGAAAGUAUUUGUGCUACCCCCCCGACUGCUCGCUAUCUCGAGUGUCGUCACAUCACUCGAGACGUCUGCCGUUCGUUGUCUGUUGACAGCGAAGCUAAUGGCGGACCGGGUGAUUUGUGGGUCUGCCGGCGGUUGUCUUGUAAUGGAGAGCGCUGGAAUUUAACAUGUUGCCUAGCAACAUGUGCGGGGGGGGGGGGGCGCCUCACCUUUCAUUUGUAGCAUUAGACUGAAACCACGACCAGGGUCUGCUUUUUAAGACCCCGAUUUCAAAGACGCCAAUCGGUAGCAACUUCUCCGUCCACCAAAGCCUGAAUUGAUCAUAUUUAGUCAUUUGGAGAGCAUUCCCGAAACAAAUGAUUUGUUUGUUCCCCUGCUUGUUUUUUUUUUUUUUUUGUACAUAGCUUUCCUUGCCUGUUUAAAAAGAAUGUUUCAGUCACGUUGUCAAUAAUGGCUUCAAUUAUUGAUUCAAUUCUGUAUUUGUUAUUUCCAUAAAGUAUUUUCUCAUCGUCGAAUCCUUAUUUAAAUAAAAAUGUGAAUAAAACAACGACAAAAGU